AGAAGCAGGGGCCUGGAAACGAGUUUAUUGAUUGAUCAGUUGCCGUUCUAACAAAUUUAACUAUAUACAAUAGUAUUUCCAAGUCAAAGCACUCAGAAUUUUCUGACUCUGGUUGUGUGCAUGCAAGUUGUUUGAUCUCUCAAGAUCCAGAAUGAGAUGGCGAACACAAAGGCCUGCGCAAGGGUAGCAGAAGGGGCAGACGAGUGAACCUGGAGUAUCAGCCCAGCUCAGGCACCUUGGCAGAAUGGAUCCAGAGACAUGCAGCCACCAGAGGGAGUAUGGAGAACCAGAGACAUGCAGUCACCAGAGGGAGUAUGGAGAACCAGAGACAUGCAGUCACCAGAGGGAGUAUGAAGAACCAGAGACAUGCAGUCACCAGAGGGAGUAUGAAGAACCAGAGACAUGCAGUCACCAGAGGGAUAAUGGAGAACCAGAGACAUGCAGUCACCAGAGGGAUAAUGGAGAACCAGAGACAUGCAGUCACCAGAGGGAUAAUGGAGAACCAGAGACAUGCAGUCACCAGAGGGAGUAUGGAGAACCAGAGACAUGCAGUCACCAGAGGGAGUAUGGAGAACCAGAGACAUGCAGUCACCAGAGGGAGUAUAGAGAACCAGAGACAUGCAGUCAGCGGAUGGAGUAUGGAGAACCAGAGACAUGCAGUCACCAGAGGGAGUAUGGAGAACUAGAGACAUGCAGUCACCAGAGGGAGUAUAGAGAACCAGAGACAUGCAGCCGCCAGAGGGAGUAUGGAGAACCAGAGACAUGCAGUCACCAGAGGGAUAAUGAAGAACCAGAGACAUGCAGUCAGCGGAUGGAGUAUGGAGAACCAGAGACAUGCAGUCACCAGAGGGAGUAUGGAGAACUAGAGACAUGCAGUCACCAGAGGGAGUAUAGAGAACCAGAGACAUGCAGUCAGCGGAUGGAGUAUGGAGAACCAGAGACAUGCAGUCACCAGAGGGAGUAUGGAGAACUAGAGACAUGCAGUCACCAGAGGGAGUAUAGAGAACCAGAGACAUGCAGCCGCCAGAGGGAGUAUGGAGAACCAGAGACAUGCAGUCACCAGAGGGAUAAUGAAGAACCAGAGACAUGCAGUCAGCGGAUGGAGUAUGGAGAACCAGAGACAUGCAGUCACCAGAGGGAGAAUGGAGAACCAGAGACAUGCAGUCAGCGGAUGGAGUAUGGAGAACCAGAGACAUGCAGUCACCAGAGGGAGUAUAGAGAACCAGAGACAUACAGUCACCAGAGGGAGAAUGGAGAACCAGAGACAUGCAGUCACCAGAGGGAGAAUGGAGAACCAGAGACAUGCAGUCAGCGGAUGGAGUAUGGAGAACCAGAGACAUACAGUCACCAGAGGGAGAAUGGAGAACCAGAGACAUGCUGUCACCAGAGGGAGUAUAGAGAACCAGAGACAUACAGUCACCAGAGGGAGAAUGGAGAACCAGAGACAUGCUGUCAGCGGAUGGAGUAUGGAGAACCAGAGACAUGCAGUCAGAGGAGGGAGUAUUUAGAACCGAGCUCAGGGCAAUGGGACAAUGGCCUUGAGAAGAGAGGCAAUGGCCAGGUUAUGCCCCUAGAGUCCUACAGUGAAUACUGCAGCAUGAGGAGGACUAGAGAAGUUGGGGAGGAGUAUGGUGCUUCCUCUGCUAUGAGCCACAUCAUGUACCCAUCAUCCAGAGACUGGAGCAAAGGCUCAUUGAGGGGUAGCAGUGGUCCCUUCUCCCCAGACACAGAUGGGGACGUUGAUGGAGAUCCUGUGGAGCUCAGUGGGGAUUACCUGGAGCUCCUUCGUAAGAGGAUGGAGCUGGACAUCAUAGAGGAACAGAUUGCCGGCAAAAAAGCUGCUCUUGCUAUGGAAACCUUUGGGCCUGAAUCAAAGGCCAUCUGUAAACAGAAGACGAAGGACAAGGAAAUGUUAACACUUUUUUCCAGUAAGGAUGUUACUCUCAAAGCUAGGGUGAAUAGCAUUUUGAGAAAGCGGGCAUGGACCAAUGGAUGUCGCUCAAAUGCAUGUGCUUGUUACAUCUGUAUUUAUGAAUAGAUUUAUUUCCUGAAGUUUGGAUGAACUGUUCUGUUCCAUUACAUAGACUAAGUAGAGGCAGUAGAAUAACCCUCAAGUGCAGAUCUAGAAUCAAUUACCCAUAAACCUGUCCCAUUAACCAUUUAAAGGUUAAAAAAAAUACUAAACUGACCUUAGAUCAGUAUUCAGGGACAACGUAGGCUUGAUCAGCAUCAUACAUCUUCAAAUUAUUUCUUAAUUCUUUAUUGUGUGUCCCUUUCAGGAAAUGUGUCUUACAUCGCAAACUCAACAGCACAACUUCACCACAUAUACAUAAAUACAUUAGGGAUGUGCUUCUUUCUCUUUCAAGAUGAUUCGAUAGGUAUCUAGAUACAUGGGCUCUGAUAUGAUACGGGAACGAUAUGUUUUAGUUUGAAAUGAUUCGGUUUGGUUAGAGAAUUAAUAGAUUUGGUUUGAUACACUCAUUUGUUGCACUGACACGUUCAUUUUCCAUUCUAAAUUCAAAUAUGCUACUGAUGAAGCUCAUGAGCUGGGCCUCUGAGCUGUGCCUUCGGAAAGUAUUCAGACCCCUUGACUUUUCACACAUUUUGUUAGUUAGAUUUUUUAAAUUAUAACAUUUUUUUUCUUAUCAAUCUACACCUAAUACCCCAUAAGGACAAGCAAAAACAGAAUUUUAUGCUUUUUUUUUAAUGCAAAUUAAUAAUAAAAAAUAUAAAGAAAUUAUACUUGCAUACAGUGGGGCAAAAAUGUAUUUAGUCAGCCACCAAUUGUGCAAGUUCUCCCACUUAAAAAGAUGAGAGAGGCCUGUAAUUUUCAUCAUAGGUACACUUCAACUAUGACAGACAAAAUGAGAAAAAAAAUCCAGAAAAUCACAUUGUAGGUGUUUGUCCUUUUAGAAGGUUCUCCCAUCGCCACAGAGGAGCUCUGUCAGAGUGACCAUCGGGUUCUUGGUCACCUCCCUGACCAAGGCCCUUCUCCCCCGAUUGCUCAGUCUGGCCUGGCAGCCAACUCUAAGAAGUGUCUUGGUGGUUCCAAAUGAUGGAGGGCACUGUAUUCCUGGGGACCUUCAGUGCUGCAGAAAUGUUUUUGUACCCUUCCCCAGAUCUGUACUAUGACACAAUCCUGUCUCGGAGCUCUAUAGACAAUUCCUUCAACCUCGUGGCUUGGUUUUUGCUGUGACAUGCACUGUCAAAUGUGGGACAUUUUAUAGACAGUUGUGUGCCUUUCCAAAUCAUGUCCAAUCAAUUGAAUUUACCACUGCUGGACUCCAAUCAAGUUGUAGAAACAUCUCAAGGAUGAUCAAUGGAAACAGGAUGCAACUGAGCACAAUUUUGAGUCUCAUAGCAAAGGGUCUGAAUACUUAAGUCAGAAGUUUGCAUACACCUUAGCCAAAUAUUUAAACUCAGUUUUCACAAUUCCUGACAUUUAAGCCUACUAAAAAUUCCCUGUCUUAGGUCAGUUAGGAUCACCACUUUAUUUUAAGAAUGAUAAAUAUCAGAAUAAUAGUAUAAAGACUUAUUUCAGCUUUUAUUUCUUUCAUCACAUUCUCAUUGGGUCAGAAGGUUACUUACACUCAAUUGGUAUUUGGUAGCGUUGCAUUUAAACUGUUUAACUUGGGUCAAACCUUUCUGGGAGCCUUCUACAAGCUUCCCACAAUAAGUUGGGUGAAUUUUAGCCCAUUCCUCCUGACAGAGCUGGUGUAACUGAGUCCGGUUUGUAGGCCCCCUUGCUCUCACACGCUUUUUCAGUUCUGCCCCGACAUUUUCUAUAGUGUUGAGGUCAGGGCUUUGUGAUGGCCACUCCAAUACCUUGACUUUGUUGUCCUUAAGCCAUUUGGCCACAACUUUGGAAGUAUGCUUGGGGUCAUUGUCCAUUUGGAAAACCCAUUUGCGACCAAGUUUUAACUUCUUUGGGAUAGGGGGCGGUAUUUUGACGUCCGGAUGAAUAGCAUGCCCAAAGUAAACUUCCUGCUACCCAGGCCCAGAAGCUAGGAUAUGCAUAUAAUUGGUAGAUUUGGAUAGAAAACACUCUAAAGUUUCUAAAACUGUUAAAAUAAUGUCUGUGAGUAUAACAGAACUGAAAUGGUAGGCAAAACCCAGAGGAAAGACCAUUAAAAAAAUUCAGCAUACCACUGAUUUCAAUGCCUGACACUUUUAUAAUAGGGCAAAUUGGUCCCCAAUUGCAGUUCCUAGGGCUUCCACUAGAUGUCAACAGUCUUUAGAAAUAGUUUCUGGCUGGUUUUUGGGAGAAUGAGGGACAAGUUUUAGUUUCUCUAAGUGGCUCCCAUUUUGGCUGUAGCGUUUCCAAGCGCAUGGCUGAGAGAGCGUGUUCUUUUUGUUUAUCUCCGGUAAAGACAAUAACGAUUCUCCGUCUUAAAUUGUAUUGUUUAUUAUUGGUAUUAGGGUACCUAAGGUUUGAUUAUAAACCUUGAUUGACUUGCUUGGAUAAGUUUAUUAGUAACGUUUGGGAUUCAUUUUGUAUGCAUUUUGUAAGAGGGAAACCGAGUGGAUUAUUGACGGAAGCGCGCCAGCUAAACUGAGUUUUUAUGGAUAUAAAGAAGGAAUUUAUUGAAAAAAAGGACCAUUUGUAAUGUAACUGGGACAUUUUGGAGUGCCAACAGAAGAUUUUCAAAGGUAAGGCAUAUAUUAUAUCGCUAUUUAUGACUUUUGUGUCGCAACUCCCUGGCUGAAAAUGAUUUGUUAUGCAUUUGUGUGCUGGGCGCUGUCCUCAGAUAAUAGCAUGGUUUGCUUUCGCCGUAAAGCCUUCUUGAAAUCUGACACCUUGGCUGGAUUAACAACAAGUUAAGCUUUAUUUUGAUGUAUUGCACUUGUGAUUUCACGAAAGUUGAAUAUUUAUAGUAAUUUGAAUUUGGCGCUCUGCCAUUUCACUGGAUGUUGGCCAGGUGGGAUGCUACCCUCCCACCCAUCCAUAAGAAGUAGCUUUAACUUCCUGACUGAUGUCUUGAGAUGUUGCUUCGGGAGGUCGACCGAUUAUGAUUUUUCAAUACCGAUACCGAUUAUUAAAAGCCCAUUUUUAUUUAUUUAUUUAAUUUGUAAUAAUGACAAUUACAACAAUACUGAAUUAACACUUAUUUUAACUUAAUAUAAAACAUUUAUUAUAUACAUAAUAUAAUAAAAUCAAUUUAGCCUCAAAUAAAUGAAACAAGUUCAAUUUGGUUUAAAUAAUGCAAAAACAAAGUGUUGGAGUAGAAAGGAAAAGUGCAAUAUGUGCCUUGUAAGAAAGCUAACGUUUAAGUUCCUUGCUCAGAACAUAUGAAAGCUGGUGGUUCCUUUUAACAUGAGUCCCAGGUAAGAAGUUUUAGGUUGUAGUUAUUAUAGGACUAUUUCCCACUAUACCAUUUGUAUUUCAUUAACCUUUAACUAUUGGAUGUUCUUAUAGGCACUUUAGCAUUGCCAGUGUAACGGUAUGGCUUCCGUCCCUCUCCUCGCUCCUCCCUGGGCUCGAACCAGGAACACAACGACAACAGCCACCCUCGAAGCAGCGUUACCCAUGCAGAGCAAGGGGAACAACCACUCCAAGUUUCAGAACAAGUUACGUUUGAAACGCCUGACAGUUGUCAUAUAAAGAAGCUGAUUAAACAGCAUGAUCAUUACACAGGUGCAUCUUGUGCAAAGGAAGAUGAAAGGACACUUUAAAAUGUACUGUUUUGUCACACAACACAAUGCCACAGAUGUCUGAAGUUUUGAGGGAGUGUGCAGACUGCAGGAAUGUCCACCAGAGCUGUUGCCAGAGAAUUUAGCAGUACGUCCAACUGGCCUCACAACCGCAGACGACGUGGGGGGUGCUGUGGAGCAUUUUUGUCUGUAAUAAAUCCCUUUUGUGGGGAAAAAAAUCUUUCUGAUUGCCUGGGCCUGGCUGUGGGUGGGCCUGGCUGCCAAGUGGGUGGGCCUGUGCCCUCCGAGGCCCACCCAUGGCUACACCCCUGCCCAGUCAUGUGAAAUCCAUAAGUUAGGGCCUAAUGAAUUUAUUUCAAUUGACUUAUUUCCUUAUAUGAACUCUUAGAAAUUGUUGCAUGGUGCUAUUACAUUUUUGUUCAGUAUAGUAAUACUACCCUAGGAUUUGUCUUCUGGCCAUAUCCUUUAAGGAUUCAUAUUGAAGCUUUUUUCAGUGUACUGUAUGUUCAGAUUGCUUUUAUGUUAUUAUGGCAUGGGCAGUACCAGGUGGUUGCUUUAGUUAUAAAAGCCAGGAAACUGACUAUUUUUAAUUCCGAGAUUCUAUUUCUAUAGAACCUGUCCUGUUUCACUUUGUAUCUCAGGACUAAGAGUGGAGUAAUGUAUAAUUUCUACGUAAUGGGGCUAAUAUUUUUUUUAAUCAUGAAUUACGUUAUGGCGAGACAAAACACAUUUGAACUCAAUAGAAACUGUGUGGCAGUCAUCUUUGUAAGUUCAUGUACAGUAUACUUGUGUGCAUUCUGUGUUCCCCUGUUUUCAGGAAGAGAUGCAGUCUGAAGCACAUGGCAUUCUCAGAUUUUCCACAACUCAAGAUGACAAAUACAAGAUUGUAUUGUAGUACAUGUUUUUUUGCAGAUUUAAAAAAUAAACCCAACAAUUAUUGCAAA